GGCCGAGGCUGUUCUUCAGCGCAAGUGCGCUUGGACGGGGCAAAAAAAAUGACGGCGAUCUGGGUCGCGCAUACAAAUUGGUACGAUCAAUGGGGUGGGGUUUGGAAACGAUUGGCGAAGGCCUCAUCUUUCACUGUUUCAACAACACCCUAACUAAAUUGUGAACUGCCGUAAUUUUCAGGACCCGAACGUUGCAAUUGAUUUAUCUCCUGCGCUGAUAGUAGGGGAUUCGGUUCGAUUUUUUUGUUUGAUUUUUUGUAGUUCCUUUUCUUUUGUUAUUCUUCCAGGUCUAGCCCCAAAAAUGCCGGAGAAGACGAACCCGUUCCCGACCGUCGAAGAGACGCUCAAGCAUCCGGCUUACUCGACGGCGAUAUGGAAGCUGGUGCCGCACAAGAAAGGCCACGCGACCGUCGCCGAGGGCCGUGGGGGCCCGUUCAAAAUCGGUUGGGAGAUUCACGGAUCCGGACCUACCAAGCUUGUUAUGAUCAUCGGUCUUGGAUCCUUCUGCGUAGCUUGGCAGUGCCAAACCUUCUACUUUGGCCACGAGAAGGGUGACCAAUAUUCGGUCUUGCUGAUCGACAACAGAGGCAUGGGCAACAGUGACGUCCCGUUGAUGCGCUACUCGACCUCGGAGAUGGCGCUCGACGUGCUCGAGGUGGCCACGCACGUCGGCUGGACGGACCGGCAGUCCCUGCACGUCAUCGGCAUCUCGCUGGGCGGCAUGAUCGCGCAGGAGGUGGCGUGCGCCUCGCCCGAGCGCGUCGCCAGCCUCUCGCUGCUGUCCACCGCCGCCGAGAUCCGCAACACCGACUCCUUCCUCGUCAACCUCCAGAACCGCGCCGCCCUGCUCAUCCCCCGCGGCAUCGAGGUCUCGGUCGGCGGGGGCGCCAAGCGCAUCUUUGCCCACGACUGGCUGCAGGCCCCCGAUACGUUUCGCGUCCCGACCAAGGACUCCCCCAAGGUCGAGAUGCCCGAGGGUGGGGAGUAUUUGAGGUUCAAUAGUAACUACCAGCGCUUCGUGGCCCAGGAGAUGCACAAACGUCUUGACAAGGAGCGUUUCGGAACCACGGGGUUCUUGUUGCAGCUGAUUGCAGCGGGCUGGCAUUACAAGAGCCGUGAGCAGCUGUCUGAAAUGGCGGAUGCCGUUGGGAGGGAUCGUAUCCUGGUGCUGCACGGUACCGUUGAUGAGAUGAUCAGCGUUCCCCACGGCAAGGUGCUCAUCGAUUUCAUCAAGCCAAAGACUGGUGUGAUCCUUGACGGCGCUGGCCAUGGGAUACCACUUGAGAGGACCGAGUGGCUCAACUCGUUCCUGGAGGAGCAUUUGCAGUCUGUGUUGAAGCUUGAAGGCUCUCAGAAGAUCUGAGUGGAAGUUAAUGAAGCAAAGGGCGGCUGGCCUAGGUAGACGGAACAAGUCAGAGGACCUUACAAAGGGUGCUUCAAAGCAAUCCUGCAGUGUAAUAUUCAUUCACGUUAUGUCAAUCAGGGGUGAUUUUUAAGUAACUACCGGGCGCAAACUCGAUAUGUCUCAUUGCUUUACAUGCUAUAAUUCAACUGGGUAUAAUUGCUGUUAUUGUUUUUUUUUUCUUCUUUUUUUUGGAGAUUAGAAAGAACUCCCUCCCCAUCCCUCCCGUCCCCAUCCAUAAUGUUGAUUGAUAUUGUUUCCCAGACCACCCAUUCCAUAACCAACCCCACCGGCAGCUUGAGCAUUGAUCAAAUCUUGUUGGUUGAGAAUGUCUGUACUGCGCGCCAUUACAGCGCUGAACAUUGCCCUCCCCCACACCUCCAGCAUCUGAUCCUCGUUCAACGAGACGUACUCCUUGAAGCCGUCACUCCGUAUGCGCGAAAACGGCCACUCGACGUAAACGCAGUGGAACCGUUUGGUGAAAAAGUACAGAAAAGGCCAGGUGAAUAUCCAAAGGAACGUGACGUAGCAGACUAUGCGCAGCCACGUCAGCCGCCUCCACUGAUUUAUCUUGUUGCUGCUGAGGACCUCGACCUCUGCGCCAAACGAAUCAAACGUGAUGUUCACAUUGCCGCUGUAACCCGUGCUGCGCACAAUGGCCAUGGCGUUGGCCUGGAGCCGCGCUAUAUCCAAACCCCCGACGCGCCGCUCCACGACAAACGUCUUGCGGCCCGCAAAGCUGGCGCAGUACCGGUGGCACCACUCCUGCAGCGUCGGCUUGGGGAUCACCUCGCUGGGCGGCUCCUCGACGUCGCCUUCGACCUUGGGCGGCAUGGGACCCUGGAUCGCGCGGACGGUGCCGCGGGGGACCUUUUCGUGGUUCUCCACGGUGCGGAUCCAGGAGAAUGACUGCGGCGGUGACGUCUGGCCCGGCUGGGGUUGGCCGAAUAGGAAGCCGUGAAGUGGGACUCCAACGUUGAAGUCGGUGACGGUGACAGUGUGCGUCUCGGUGCGGCCGUUGGUUCUGCGCGUGCGCCUUUCUAGGUGGGUUCCGUGGACCUGCAUGUAAAAGCUUGGUGGCUUUUGAGCCCAGAUUUUGAUGUUGGACUCGAGAAAGUCGGGGUCUCUGUCUAGCCUCAUGUCCAUAAAGGACUCGGCACCAUCCUUGGAACUAAUUGCAAAUGGCUGUAUAAUUUCUGCAUCGGAGAUUCCUGGGCCUUGCGGAUGUGGUUGAGCAACGGCAUGCUGCUGGGGUGCCGAGAAUGAAUUAGGUUCCGGGACAGAAUCGUAGCUCGGCGGAACCCCUGCUCCGACUGCUUUGGGUUCGGGCUUGUUGUCACCCGCGCCGAAAUUGCUGUUUUCGGAGCCCCCGACGUCCGCGGUUGGCUGCAUCUCCAUCUGUACUGUAUCCCCGGUCUGCUCUGGAUUUUGCUUUGAUGACCCCAUGGUAAAUUUACCAGACCCGAAUUGGUAAGAAUGUGGUUUGACUGCCCUGCAAUUGCUUGCUGUUUGGUCGCGUAAUUAAGGGUAUUGCGCGAGAACGUUUCCCUGUCAGCCCAUAUUUGAAAGCCGGGG